CGUACGAUGAUUCGCAUUUCUCAUUUGGUCCGGUGAAGUGCAUCGCGGAGGGGAAACUCGCGUUUGAGUUCCGCUCGACACUUUCCCUUUCGACGCGGUGCUAAGCGUCCGAGAGAAGAUCGCAUGAGAGUGGAAAGUCGCGUUGCAUCAAAAGGAUGCCAGGCAUCCGAGGUCUUUUGUUUGUCUUCUGGUGCCUCGAUAUCCUCGCGAUCUGUGCCACGGACAACACGACCCACGCCGCGAGGACCCUGUCGAGGCGCAAAAGGUACUUGAUUUUUCCGGAAGGCAGCAACGUGCAGUUGGUGUUUUGCUUAACAGUAGGAACCUACGCGAAAGAGAACGAUGUGGUGAUGGGGUUAACUGCAGCUCUAGCCUGGGAGUUGCCGAGCGAAGUCGACGAGAAGGUUGCGCAGUUGCUUCAUCGAAAGAGCAGAAGCGUCAUGUUCCCGAAGAUAGAGGCUUUACUACAAUCCACUGGCCUGGAUGGAAGAGCUUGCGUGCUGAAAGCUCUAUGCGAGGCUGCCCAGAGGAACCCUUCGGAUCUUGGGAAAGGGAGCCUGGUUCAGGAGCUAUUGCACGCCAUCUUCACGUUGCCUAGGGACGGCGGGCGUUUCGAACGAUCGGAAGAUCAAGCUUACGAGCAGGCGCACCAGAGCGGACAGGAUUGCGGCCAUCUUUAUCCGACUUGCCGUCACUCCAUUUACGAGCUCGAGUUCUGAGGCCAAAGUAACCAGGAAUUGAACGCAUUCGUAUGCGUGUGCAAACGUUGACCGCGUUUCACGGGCGGACUUUUCCUGGCUGCUCGCCCGUUCCACGCUGAUUUUUCAACCUGAACCACACCACCACAUAAUCUUCCGUUCUCGACGCAACUUAGUCCGCAUGAUUGUGCAACCAACUUGCGUGGAUCUUUGUAUCUUGCCUGCAAUUUCGUGUCCAGUGCGAAGGACAGUCUUCUCGGACAAACAGGAUGUUCUCGGAUAUGAUUGGUGCUUGGGUGAAUUUUUGAAUGUAGAACGUAGGAUCGCGAGACGCGUCAUGUUGUCGAGAAACUGAUAUACGUGUCUUGUAUUUAACUUAGAUUACUCUUAGCUAGUUUUGUUAAUAGAAGAAAUGAAUAAAGAGACAGCUGCACCUUCUUAAACAACCUGUAAAUUCAUAGUCAAGUAAUAUUUGUGGUAAUAGUUUUGCACUUUUGAAUAUGAAACCUUCACAUUCAGAAAUGCGAUUUAAACGUUGUUGCUGUCCCUUUGUUAUAAAUGAUUCGAUAGUUGGAGAGAGGCAUACUUACUGUCAUAUGACGAACAUUGUUAUUCUGAAUUUUCUUCUGUUAAAGUCACUUCUUCGAGUUUUGAAAGUCAUCGACAUCUUUUAGAUGGGGUAGAUAUUUCUUAAUACAUCUACCAGUGCAUUAUUCUAUUCUUUAUGAGAAAGUAUUAAAGUAAAGUCACAGUAUCUUGUGUUUAUAUCUUCUUUUAUCUUGCAAUAAUUAACGGCUAAUUUCAGAGAAAGUGAAAAGAAAUAUUCUGUUCUAACGCGAGAGACAGAUUAUUAAAGUUUUGCGGAAAUAAUUUGUAACACACAGUUCUAGUACAACUAAGGUACGGGCUCAGUCCAAAGUGGUAUUUGGGACAAAUACUGUGCUUUACUAAUCGCGGUAUUUAAAAAGAGGAGCUUGGAAUUAACGAGCAAAGCUGCAUGUUUAUACCCAUAAUUCCAUCGUUUCUCUUACUUUUAAUCGAAUUAAAAUGCUUCAAACGGUCCAUUUUUAUUUUCCCCAAUAUUCUAUGCGGCUCAUUCGACGAUUUUGCGGCCGAGUUUCAAAGAUUUCAGGGUCGAUCUUUCGUCGGCUGUAUAUUUCAUCUGUAUAUCGCGGCGAACGUCACCGUUGUCGACGACACGUAAUUCGUUUUGCAUUAACAAAAUGGUGAACCGAGUGACCGCGGAUUUAUAGUUCAUUUCGGUAGAGUGGUGCCGCCGGGAGCCCGUCAUUCUCAACCCUUUUGUAAACGGGCCGGACGGAAAAAUAAAAGGAAGGAAAAGAAAAAUGGAACAGAACGAAAAAAAAGACGAAACCUGCGUUAUUUAAAUGUCCAAUAUUUAACCAGCAAAUAUAACGACUAAACGCGUUCGUGACGUUUUUUUCUUUUUUUUGUGGUGUUAAUCCAAGUACACCGCGUGUAGAACACUUGUUUCAACGAAAAAAUCAAAAUUUCCACUCGAUUCCCUCGAGUAAAAUAACUUUAUCGCUGUAGUCCACUUUUUCACUGUUACUUUAAUCCGAUUUGUGUAGACUUUCAUAUGGAUUUUGUUUUAAAGACUAAGGAGGGGAAUAAGGUUUCGACGAUAAUAGAGAGACGGAGAGAGAUAAUUAAACGCAUUCAUAGCAAUUUAUAAACGCAUUAACCUUCCAAUUAUGCAAUUUCCAAUGUUUACGCAAUUCGCACGAGCUUUAAUGGCGAAUCUGAGGUAGCAAAUUAUUUUUAGUAUUAAUUGAAACGUUGUAAUAUCGCGUAAAAAGCAUGAUUCGUGUAUCGCUAGGUUGAUGUAGGUACAGCUGAGUCAGUUGUACAAUGCAUUCGUUGGAACCAUCGAGAUAGAAUUCGAAUGGGAUCUUGUUUUCGCCGUUCCUUUUCCAAUUCAAUAAAAAGGAAGGCUCGGAUAAAAUUAUAUUCACUUUUAAAAAGUAAAAGAUGCAUCCUGAAUUAUAUGAAAAUGCUCCAUCAAUAAAGUUUGAAGCCAUAAUA